GCUUUCCUCCCGCCCCUCUCUCUGGAGUGAGGCGAGAACCCCGCACAGAGCGAGCGAGACAGCGAUCUGAGCUCCGGGCGCUACCGCCGCCGCGGCCGAGAGCGUGAGAGCCUGGGAGCGUCCGAAAGACCCCGCCCCCGUGCACUGGCUGCUGCCCAGACCUCCGCCCUAACCUGGGCUAGUGGGAGCGGCGGCCACCGCUCUUCUCCCCCCCUCACCUUCCCGGCCGGCAGCAGCGGCUGCACACGCCGGAGCCCGAGCCGGAGCCGGCGGCUGGGGGGCAGGGAGGCGGCUACCUCGGGCCGGGGGUAGCCAGCUGCUCCGCGGUGAGAGGACGCUGAGAAGGGGCCGGAGCUCCUGUCUGGUCCCGGGGCGCGUGGCGAGGGACCCCCAAGGUGUAGGGAGGGGGUCCCAGCCGCAGCGACACAUGCUGGAGCCGGGAGCGGGGGCGGCGCCGAGAGGAGCCGGCCAGGUCCCCCACCUCGCCGCUGCCUCGGCCACCUGCCCGGGGCCUUAGCAUCUCGCCCCGGAGUGUAUGAGUGGGGGCUUCAAGCUCAGCAACCACCCCCGGCCGGGGGGCGGGGACCCCGAUGUGAAGCGGCGGCCGGGGCGGCGGGGAGAGCAGGACCGGCGCCGCGGUCCUUUCCUGACCUUCCCCCUCCCCUUCGCCCCCUCGGGGGUCUUCGCCCUUGGCCAGUCGCCGGCCCCCCGGCUCCUCGGCAGGACUCCAAGAGGAGUUCUUAGAGCCCCCUCCCCCGCCCCAGCCCCGAGGGCGGCGGGGCCGGGGGCACCCGGGGGGCCGGCCGCUGCCUCCGCCCAGAAGAAACUUUAUAAAAACAAAAUCCGGAGCCUCCCAAACGUGACCGUCCCGGGAGAAGUGGCCCAGGACGGGCAGAAGACAGCCUGAAGAGACCCAGGAAGAGGCAAACAGGAGGUAAGCGGGCCGCCGCCACCUCUGCUCCCGCAGCGCGGAAGAGACCCGGUGGCCGCCUGGUGGAGCGACCCGAGCCCCUCUUCUUCCUCCGCAACGCGCGGGUCGGAGCCUUCCGCAGCGGCAGCAGCCUCAGUCCGGAGGAGGAAGGGACCAGCCCCCUUCCCCAGCGCCACGGCUCUUCUCAAAAGUGACACUUUCUCCAAAGUGAAAUUACUGGAUCAAAAGGUAUAUCCACUUGAAAUUUUAUUACCUAUACUGGGAGUCUCAACCAUCAGCAGGAUUUUUAAAAGGCUAUUUAAAUAUUUGGAUUACUUCCUUAGGAUAGAUUGCCAGAAGUGGAGUUACUGGGUCAGAGGAAUGUGAAAACCUUUGCAUCUUCUGAUAGUCUAGCCAAGGUCCAAGAAGUAGCAAGCUGGCUUUUGGAAAUGAAUCAGGAACUGCUCUCUGUGGGCAGCAAAAGACGACGAACUGGAGGCUCUCUGAGAGGUAACCCUUCCUCAAGCCAGGCCGAUGAGGAGCAGAUGAAUCGCGUGGUGGAGGAGGAACAGCAGCAGCAGCAGCAGCUACGGCCGCAGGAGGAGGAGCACACCGCGAGGAACGGUGAAGUCGUCGGCGCAGAACCCAGACCCAGAGACCAAAAUGACUCCCAGCAAGGACAGUUGGAAGAAAACAAUAAUCACUUUAUUUCAGUAGACGAGGACUCCUCAGGAAACCAAGACGAGCCAGAGGAAGAUGAAGAGCACGCUGGGGAACAAGAGGAGGAGGAUGAAGAGGAAGAGGAAAUGGACCAGGAGAGCGAUGAUUUCGAUCAGUCUGAUGACAGUAGCAGGGAAGAUGAACACACGCAUAGUAACAGUGUCACAAACUCCAGUAGCAUCGCGGACCUGCCUAUUCACCAACUCUCCUCCCCGUUGUAUACAAAGACAUCAAAAAUGAAAAGAAAGUUGGACCAUGGUUCUGAGGUCCGCUCUUUUUCUUUGGGAAAGAAACCAUGCAAAGUCUCAGAGUACACAAGUACCACUGGGCUUGUACCAUGUUCAGCAACACCGACAACGUUUGGAGAUCUGAGAGCAGCCAAUGGCCAGGGGCAACAACGUCGCCGGAUUACAUCUGUCCAACCACCUACGGGCCUCCAGGAAUGGCUGAAAACAUUUCAGAGCUGGAGUGGACCAGAGAAAUUGCUUGCUUUAGAUGAACUUAUUGAUAGUUGCGAACCAACCCAAGUAAAACAUAUGAUGCAAGUGAUAGAACCUCAGUUUCAACGAGACUUUAUUUCGUUGCUCCCUAAAGAGCUGGCACUUUAUGUGCUUUCAUUCCUGGAACCCAAAGACCUGCUGCAAGCGGCUCAGACAUGUCGCUACUGGAGAAUUUUGGCUGAAGACAACCUUCUCUGGAGAGAGAAAUGCAAAGAAGAGGGUAUUGAUGAACCAUUGCACAUCAAGAGAAGAAAAGUAAUAAAACCAGGUUUUAUACACAGCCCGUGGAAAAGCGCUUACAUCAGACAGCAUAGGAUCGAUACUAACUGGAGGCGAGGAGAACUCAAGUCUCCUAAGGUGCUGAAAGGACAUGAUGACCAUGUGAUUACAUGCUUACAGUUCUGUGGAAACCGAAUAGUUAGUGGUUCCGACGACAACACUUUAAAAGUUUGGUCGGCAGUCACGGGCAAAUGUCUGAGGACGUUGGUGGGACACACGGGCGGAGUGUGGUCGUCACAGAUGAGAGACAACAUCAUCAUCAGUGGGUCUACAGACCGGACCCUGAAAGUGUGGAACGCGGAGACGGGGGAGUGCAUACACACCCUCUACGGGCACACGUCCACGGUCCGCUGCAUGCACCUCCACGAGAAGAGGGUGGUUAGCGGUUCUCGAGAUGCCACUCUUAGGGUUUGGGACAUCGAGACAGGCCAGUGUUUACAUGUGCUGAUGGGUCACGUGGCAGCGGUGCGCUGCGUGCAGUAUGAUGGCAGGAGGGUUGUUAGUGGAGCGUACGAUUUUAUGGUGAAGGUGUGGGAUCCAGAGACUGAGACCUGUCUACACACGUUGCAGGGGCAUACUAAUAGAGUCUACUCGUUACAGUUUGACGGCAUCCACGUGGUGAGUGGGUCUCUGGACACAUCGAUCCGCGUCUGGGACGUGGAGACCGGGAACUGCAUCCACACGCUGACCGGGCACCAGUCGCUGACGAGCGGGAUGGAGCUCAAAGACAACAUCCUCGUCUCUGGGAACGCGGACUCGACCGUGAAAAUCUGGGAUAUCAAAACAGGACAGUGUUUACAAACAUUGCAAGGUCCCAACAAGCAUCAGAGUGCUGUGACCUGUUUACAGUUCAACAAGAACUUUGUAAUUACCAGCUCAGAUGAUGGAACUGUAAAACUCUGGGACUUGAAAACGGGUGAAUUUAUUCGAAACCUAGUCACAUUGGAGAGCGGGGGGAGCGGGGGCGUCGUGUGGCGGAUCAGAGCCUCGAACACAAAGCUGGUGUGCGCGGUCGGGAGUCGGAACGGGACUGAGGAAACCAAGCUGCUGGUGCUGGACUUCGAUGUGGACAUGAAGUGAAGAGCCGAACAGAUGAAUUUGUCCAAAUGUGUAGACAAUAUACUCCCUGCCCUUCCCCCUGCGAAAAUUAAAAAAAAAAAAAAAGUAAAAGAAAAAGAAAAAAGAAGAGAAAAAGAAAAAAAGUCCCUUGUUCUCAGUGGUGCAGGAUGUUGGCUUGGGGCAACAGGACGAAAAGACCUACGGACUCGGAAGGAAAGAGGAAGAGGCGACAAACCGCAACUGACAAGAGAGGCGUCUGCCGCCUCGGCACACGAAAGGCGUCACUUCUGACUGAGGGCAGCUUUGCAAAAUGAGACUUUCUAAGUCAAACCAGGUGCAAUUGUUUCUUUAUUUCCUUCUCCAGUGGUCAUUGGGCAGGGUUAAUGCUAAAACGUCAUUGCAGAUUCUGUGAGUUGGUUCUUCUACCGCUGAGACCUAGAGAGGACCUGCAGUGGCAUCCAAGCGAGUCUGGUCGACUUUCUCAUGAGAGAGCGUCUGCAACAAAAGUCAUUUUUCUGGAGUGGAAAAGCUAAAAAAUAUACAUUACUGUGAAUUGUUUUUGUACAGUUAUCAUGAAAAGCUUUUUUCUUUUUUUUUCUUUUUUUUUUUUUUUUGCCAACCAUUGCCAAUGUCAAUCAAUCACAGUAUUAGCCUCUAUUAAUCUAUUUACUGUUGCUUCCACAUACGCUCUUCAAUGCAUACGUUGCUCAAAGGCGGGAAGUUGUCCUGGGUUCGGUGAGUCCCGAGAGAUGGAUUUAAUUCUUGAUGCUGGUGCUAGAAGUAGGUCUUCAAAAACGGGGUCGUUGUCCCACCCCUGUACUGUACUCCCAGUGGCCAAACUUAUUUAUGCUGCUAAAUGAAAGAAAGAAAAAAACAAAUUAUUUUUUUUUAUUUUUUUUCUGCUGUGACGUUUUAGUCCCAGACUGAAUUCCAAAUUUGCUCUAGUUUGGUUACAGAAAAAAGACUUUUUGCCACUGAAACUUGAACCAUCUGUGCCUCUAAGAGGCUGAGAAUGGGAGAGUUUCAGAUAAUAAAGAGUGAAGUUUGCCUGCAAGUAAAGAAUUGAGAGUGUGUGCAAAGCUUAUUUUCUUUUAUCUGGGCAAAAAUUAAAACACAUUCCUUGGAACAGAGCUGCCGCCGCCUGUUCUGUGGAGAAACUUUUCUUUUUGAGGGCUGUGGUGAAUGGAUGAACGUACAUAAUAAAACUGACAAAAUAUUUUAAAAAUAUAUAAAACACAAAAGUGAAAUAAAGUCGCUGGUCAGUCUUAGUAUUUUACAGUAUUUGGGAAAACAACUGUUACAGUUUUAUUGCUCUGAGUAACUGACAAAGCAGAAACGACGCCGUUUUUGUAGGAAAGGCGUCCCGUGCAAACGAGCGAGAUGAAUGAAAAGUCGGUGGUUUGCCUCAUUCUCCAAGAGCCACAACUCAAGCUGAACUGUGAAAGUGGUUUAACACUGUAUCCUAGGCGAUCUUGUUUCCUCCUCCCGUUUAUUUUUUGUUUGUUUUAUUUAUAGUCUGAUUUAAAACAAUCAGAUUCAAGUUGGUUAAUUUUAGUUAUGUAACAACCUGACAUGAUGGAGGAAAACAACCUUUAAAGGGAUUGUGUCUAUGGUUUGAUUCACUUAGAAAUUUUAUUUUCUUAUAACUUAAGUGCAAUAAAAUGUGUUUUUUCAUGUUA